GUCCCGGCCCCCGGCUCCGCCCGGUCCCUCCCCGCCUUUUAGGCACUCGCGCGGCUGGAACAUCCCAGUCCCGCUGGGUCCUCCUUGCUCGCCACCCGUGCGCCCAAUCCGCGCAGCCAAGCCCACUUCUCCCGGUCCGCACCGCCGCCGGCCCGCCGGUCCCCCACCGCAGCCAUGGACGCCAUCAAGAAGAAGAUGCAGAUGCUAAAGCUGGACAAGGAGAAUGCCAUCGACCGCGCUGAGCAGGCCGAGGCCGACAAGAAGCAAGCUGAGGACCGCUGCAAACAGCUGGAGGAGGAGCAGCAGGCCCUCCAGAAGAAGCUCAAAGGGACGGAAGAUGAAGUGGAAAAGUAUUCAGAAGCAGUGAAGGACGCCCAGGAGAAGCUGGAGCUGGCCGAGAAGAAGGCCACCGACGCCGAAGCAGAUGUGGCCUCCCUGAACCGCCGCAUUCAGCUGGUAGAGGAAGAGCUGGACCGGGCACAGGAGCGUCUGGCUACAGCCCUGCAAAAGCUGGAGGAAGCUGAGAAGGCAGCUGAUGAGAGCGAGAGAGGAAUGAAGGUCAUUGAAAACCGAGCCAUGAAGGAUGAGGAAAAGAUGGAGCUGCAGGAGAUGCAGCUGAAGGAGGCCAAGCACAUUGCGGAGGAUUCAGAUCGCAAAUAUGAGGAGGUGGCCAGGAAGCUGGUGAUCCUGGAAGGAGAGCUGGAGCGCUCAGAAGAAAGAGCUGAGGUGGCUGAGAGUAAAUGUGGGGACCUAGAGGAGGAGCUGAAAAUUGUUACCAACAACCUGAAAUCCCUGGAAGCCCAAGCGGACAAGUAUUCCACCAAAGAAGAUAAGUAUGAAGAGGAGAUCAAACUGCUGGAGGAGAAGCUAAAGGAGGCUGAGACCCGAGCAGAGUUUGCUGAAAGGUCUGUGGCAAAGUUGGAGAAAACCAUUGAUGACCUGGAAGAUGAAGUCUAUGCGCAGAAGAUGAAGUACAAGGCCAUCAGCGAGGAACUAGACAACGCACUCAAUGACAUCACCUCUCUCUAAGCUCCUCGCCAGUGUGGCCCCCUCAGCCCCUCUGUCCUCUCCUUUCCGUUCUCUCUCUGAGGAGGGGUCAGGCAGGAGGAGCAAAAAUUGCCAACAUUAUACAGCCAGGCUGGGCGUAGCCUAGGAGAGCACCCAUCACAUGUGCUGCCCACCCUGGCACUUGCUUCUUCCUUCUAUUGAUCCACUCCGCCCUCCACCCACCAGCCUCUACCUCUCUCUGCUGCUUAAUAAACUCAUCUUGGUCUCCA